CGUGCAUUCCAAUUUACGCAAUAUGUGCAAAUGCCAAUAAACGCCGGACAACGGAGUUAGUGUGAAUCUUCCGUGUCUCUCGCUUUAUUACUGACACGUCACUGAGGUCAGGGAGACACUGAAGUAAAGAUGGCGACCGCCUACCAGAGCUUCAAUUUGCACACCACCCCUGAGAAGUUCUACGUCGAGGCCUGCGAUGACGGCACCAAUGACGUCCUGGCCAUUGACAGGGUGUCCACAGAGAUGACACUCACAGGGAGAAAGGACAUCCCUCCAUCAGCGGUCACCCGGCCCAUUUGUGGGAUCAUGGGAACUAUUCGGCUGGUGGCAGGGAUGUACCUCAUUGUCAUCACCAAGAAGAGGAAGGUUGGGGACCUGUUCGGUCACGCCGUGUGGAAGGCGGUCGACUUUGACGUCAUCUCCUACAAAAAGACCGUGCUGCAUCUGACCGACACUCAGACGCAGGACAACAAGACCUUUCUGUCGAUGAUCAACAACGUCUUGACCACAGACGGAUUCUACUUUGCCACUGACUAUGACCUCACCCACACUCUGCAGCGCUUGUCCAACACCAGCCCCGACUUCCAGGAGAUGAGUCUGCUGGAACGGGCAGAUCAGAGAUUUGUGUGGAAUGGGAACCUCCUGAGGGAGUUCAUCGCACAGCCAGAGCUACACAGGUUUGCCUUCCCAGUUAUCCAUGGAUUCAUCGCUAUGAAGUCCUGCUGCAUUAAUGGGAAGAUCUUUGACUGGAUGAUCAUCUCCAGAAGGAGUUGUUUCCGGGCAGGCGUGCGAUACUAUGUGAGAGGCAUUGACUCGGAGGGACAUGCUGCUAACUUUGUGGAGACUGAGCAAAUUGUCCAGUACAAUGGGGGAAAGGCUUCAUUUGUGCAGACUCGAGGAUCCAUGCCUUUCUUCUGGUCCCAGAGGCCCAACCUGAAGUACAAGCCCAAACCCCAGAUCGGCAAAAACACCAAUCAUUUGGAUGGCUUCCAAAGACAUUUUGACUCCCAGAUCAUCACCUAUGGGAAACAAGUGAUUUUAAACCUGGUCAACCAGAAGGGGUCGGAGAAACCCCUCGAGCAGGCCUUUGCUAGGAUGGUGUCCAAUCUGGCCAACGGCAUGAUAAAGUACAUAGCGUUUGACUUCCACCAGGAGUGCAGUCGGAUGAGGUGGGACCGGCUCCAGAUCUUGGUGGACGCCGCGUCUGAAAUGCAGGAUGACUUUGGCUACUUCAUGGUGGAUGCGGAUGGGAAGGUGCUGAUUCAGCAGGAAGGCACAUUCCGCAGCAACUGCAUGGACUGCCUGGACCGGACCAACGUCAUCCAGAGCCUGCUGGCCCGCCGCUCGCUGCAGUCCCAGCUACAGAGACUGGGCGUGCUGCACGUGGGCCAGCGCGUGGAGGAGCAGGCCGACUUCGAGAAGAUCUACAAGAACGCGUGGGCCGACAACGCCAACGCCUGCGCCAAGCAGUACGCCGGAACCGGGGCGCUCAAGACCGACUUCACCCGGACAGGGAAGAGGACCCAGUGGGGACUGGUGAUGGACGGCUGGAACUCCAUGAUCAGAUACUACAAAAAUAACUUCUCUGAUGGCUUUAGACAAGACUCUAUUGAUCUGUUCUUGGGGAACUACGCUGUAGAUGAGGCGGAUGGACACACACCGCUCCACGUCCAGAAAGACUGGAAGUUCCUGACGCUCCCUAUCAUCAUGGUGGUCGCAUUCUCCAUGUGCAUAAUUUGCCUUCUCAUGGCUGGUGACACGUGGACGGAGACCCUGGCCUACGUGCUCUUCUGGGGCUCGGCCAGCGCCACCACGGCCGCCGUCAUCCUCUUCAACGGGAAGGAGUUUGUGGACGCGCCCAAGCUGGUGCAGAAGGAGAAGAUGGACUGAAUGUGUGUGUGUGGAAAGCAGCUCGGUCCUGCAGACUCUUCCUCUGUCACCUCCUCCUCUUCCUCGUCCUCCCAGCUGCACCAGGCCUGGAGUCUGUACUGACCUGCUCUCCACACUGUUCUCACACUAGUUUUUUUUUUUUUUUCUUUUUUACUCCUGUUUCAGAGCUGCUGUUACUCCUCCAGGAAACGCGUGGGUGGGUGUGCACACUGUUAGUCUCUAUCCCAUAAGUCCUUGCUCUCAACCAGCACCAGGCCUGGUGCCUGUAGUCACCCUAUCCCUGCACUGUUGUUUGUUUCUAAUCCCACAGUUUCUUGCCCAAAUCAGCAUGCUCGUGGGGUCUUUACCAACCCUCUGUCCACACUAGAUCCUAUCCCAGAAUCCCUUUCACUCCUGUAGGAAGCACCUCGCUUCUCUGCCUCAUAUCUCACUAUUGAGAGAAACCUUGAAAAGGGUUGAACUAUUUGUCUUUCAUGACUGGUAGGGGAAGGGGUUCUUAUCCUCCAAAGAUAUUCAACCUGUAUUUCUUACCAUCUCAUUAGGAGGUAGAAGGCUCUUUAAUAGAGAAGCAGUCCCAAUCUGUAGGCUGCUGAGUGGAGUGGAUACAGAUGGGUUCCAGUUACUUUCUAUUGUAAUAAUUUCCAUAGAAUGCUUUUGCACUGCUGUAAUUUCAUAGGAAUAGUUCUUAAGUUAUGCAAAAACAUAAGCAUAUAACUGUAAUUGAGUCUAUAAUCCAGUAUAGUCUCAUAGUCUCACCAUGGUUAAGGCAUGAGAACAGCCUGGCACAUGCAUUACUCUCAUCCAAACCCGGAAUGAAUUUUUAAACUUCAAGUUAAAUACGGCUUUCUUUUGACUUCAUUUUUUAUUCUUCCUCUUUAUACAGCAGUCCGCACUGAAAGUGCAUAAUAGAAAUACCCCUGUUCAGCUGUAUGUCUCUUUAAGGAAAAUGAUAAACUGUCAUUCCUCUGCACUGUGAAUGUGGCUCCACACCAUACGCAUAUUGUGACAUCACUGUUAGAGGCUCCUGGAAGAACCAAUCAUGCCCUUCAUUUUUAAGGGGGAAUGUGUGAGAGAAAUGCAGAUGGAAUAACACUGUGCAUUCCGCGCACGAAUGGCACAAGCUUUCUGGUAAUAUAGUGUUCUUGUUGAAUUAGGACCAAUGUUUUUAUUUUUUUUAAAUCAGCUCAUAGAGACAUUGCACAGCCGUUUGGCCUCCACUAGGCCUCUGGUGCCCCGUGUGGCAGGGAGGUGGUAUGUCCAUUUUCUACCUGCGUCGUUCUCUCUCAUUCCACUGACUACAGCCUCACUCUGACCCCUGCUGCUCCUGGGAAAUGGGAGAGGGGUUUGUUGGGAGACUGGUUUUUAGGAAUUCAGUAAGUGCUUCUCAUUCUGCUACUGGCUUUCAGAAUGGAUCCAGACCAAUCGGAGAAUGUAGAAUAUUUUUACUAUGCUUUGUUCUGUCUCCUCUCUUGCUGUUGAUUUAGUGGUCCAAAGCGUGAUACUGUACACACGCUGUGUCGAGUGCAUCCAUCACGCUGUACUAUAGUUGCCAUGUUUUACAGUCUUCGGUAUAAAGAUGGUAUCACUUGCUUGUGUGCGUCGGCUAAUUUUAACCCUUUAGUGCACACAAUGUACUUUUUCAUUUACGAGGCAUACUUCUAUCCUUUGUUUAAAAAAAGGAGUUUACCUUUAUUUGCUAUUGAAAACAUUGCUUUAUUAAUAAAGGUUUGAUGCAGCUGAAUUUUAGGCUUGAUUGCUAAGCAACAAAACGAUGAAUUCUUGACCAACUUAAGCUUGUCUACUGUGCAACCUCUAUGUAUAAAUAUGACUUGUAAAGUGUACAUUUUAGGUAAUCUAUGUAUCAUAUACAUUUCCUUGUAAUUAUGUACUGUAUAUUUUACAUUGAGAUUUGUAUGCAGAAUAGUUGUCAAAGCAAGUCAUGCACAAUGAUGGCAGUUGAUCCACCUUUGCUUGUAAUUUGGUGACAUCUAGAUGCCAUGGAUACGAUUAAUACUAAGUGUGGAGUUGCAUCACUAUUGACAGCUUUGCUGCAUUCAAAAGAUUUUUUUUCUGAUUAUUUAGUUAGGUAUGACUUCAACAACGUAAGUCUGCAUUCUGGGGGAAAAGAUGAUGGGAAAAUAUUUUUUCUCAGUUUUAUUUUGCGCAAUAAUUCUCUCACCGAUGCGUUCUUUCCCCCCCUCUAUUACAAAAUGAACGCGUAACAAAAUUUAGCGAUUUAAAAAUGAGUGUUUUCCUUUUUCAUUUGAUAAUUAUGAAUCAUACUGUUUAAGAGGAAGGGUUUUCUUUCAAGUAAAUUUGUAAUAAAAGCCAUGAUAAGAUCACUAUA